AGUUGACAGCGUUUCGCUGCCCUGGAUACGUCAACAAUACGCCGCGCGUUCGCACUCAAAACAAACCUCAAUAGAUUCACCUGCCGAUGAAUAUUUAAUCGACCCAACCUCAAUGGCGUAUAAAUGAACUCCGUCGCUCUAUUAAAAGCCAUAACAAUACUUUGUUGACACAUUUGUAAAACUGUUUUUUUAUUGCAAUAUAUAUUUUUAGUACAGUAUUUGAAGUUCAAACAAGAUGAUUGGGCGAAUAUUCGCGGCGAGUUCAACUAUAACGACUUCGGUUUUGUUACUACUUGUUGUUAGCGGUUCCGUCACCUCGUCCGAUGAGUCCAUGUUCCCUCGCUUCGUGGAACCAGUUCCAAAUGUAACCGUGACUGUAGGAAGAGACGCGCUGCUCGCUUGCGUCGUGGAAGAUUUGCGAGGUUAUAAGGUGGCAUGGGUUCGUGUUGACACACAAACAAUACUUAGCAUCCAUCACAACAUAAUAACGCAGAAUCUUCGUAUAAGUCUUUCCUAUAAUGACCAUCGCUCGUGGUACCUACACAUCAAGAAUGUGCAGGAGGUUGACCGAGGCUGGUACAUGUGUCAGGUAAACACCGACCCCAUGCGUUCUAGAAAGGGCUACCUGCAAGUCGUCGUCCCACCGACGAUAAUCGAUAACAUGACAUCAACGGAUAUGGUAGUGCGCGAAGGCAGUAACGUUACGAUGGUUUGUCGAGCCACAGGCUAUCCGGAGCCCUAUGUAAUGUGGCGCCGAGAAGACGGUCAAGAGUUUAAUUGUAACGGAGAAUCUGUUAACGUAGUCGACGGCGAAAACUUGACUAUAUCCAAAGUUUCAAGACUUCACAUGGGCGCAUACCUUUGCAUAGCUUCGAACGGCGUGCCUCCAUCGAUCAGUAAGCGAGUUGUCCUAAUGGUUCAAUUUCCACCGAUGCUGUCAAUCCCGAAUCAACUGGAAGCAGCGUAUAUCGGCCAAGAUGUAACACUUGAGUGCCACACUGAAGCAUAUCCGUCGUCUAUAAAUUACUGGACAACAGACCGAGGAGAUAUGAUCAUUUCAGGCAAUAAAUAUGUAACAUCGUUAAGCGACGACGGAUACAGUCGGAAAAUGAAAUUGACAAUACGGAAAGUAUCUCCGAGAGAUUUUUCUUCGUAUCGCUGCGUUGCUAAGAAUUCUCUUGGAGAGACAGACGGUCUCAUUCGGCUUGACGAAAUCUCUGCUCCUUCAACAACUAGUACAACGAGUAACUACGUUCCAACACUUCCUCCGAGAAAAAAAGGUAAACAUAAAAAUCGAUGGCGAGACAGCUCUGCCGAGAAUAGAGUAAUCGGGGAUUAUGAGGUGGAAGAAUGGAAAGAUGUCGAUUACGAGUCGACGCAAUCUUCCGGUACAAAUAGCUCACAAGGAAUUUUAUUUUUUACCGUUUUGUUUAGUUUUUUUGUGUUAUGCAGCUGACAUGAACUUACGGAUCUCGUUAUAGUGCCAAGAAACAUCGUACUAUAAGACGAUGAAUAAUUGUCGUGAUAACAUAUUUAAUAGACGUAUCGAGUACUUAGAAAACAAUGUAGGAUAAAAAUUGUGAUGUAGAUUUAAUUUUUAUUGAUGUUUUUCAUAUCAUAUCACCCAAAAACCAAUUUCAUUUUUGUUUAGAAAAAUCCAGAAACGAUUGUAGUUUUGAUUAUUACUGUGUAUAAAAUGUUAUUGUAUAUAAUAUUUUAAGUGAAGACUGAUAGUUUUGUAUGAUCAAUGUGCCAUUCUGAGACAUAUGUAUUCCUACAUGCAUCUAUAAUAAUCAUGUGAAAUGUUACUGCAAGCACUAGUGCUAAAAAAAAAUCACUGUAAUUUGAUAUAAAAUCCCUUGGAUAUACUAUCAAAGUUGAAAUUCAAAUACGUAAUUAUUUUUAAAAACGUAAGUCUUAAAUUAUUAUUAUAUAAAAAAAUAAGAAAAUGAUUAGUAUGGCUUUCCAAAAUUUCUUCAGGACUUGUGAUCUAAAAACAAGAUAUUCCUCGAACUGAUUCCGAAAAUUAAUAGAAAAGUAACACUAUAGCUAUUGCCAUUUCGCAAAAAUUACACAAUCCUCUGUUCGAUCACAACAGAAACAAUUUUCUAGUUCAUACUUUCAUCAAUAAUUGAUCGAAAAUGCAAAUAAAGUAUAAAUCCCUUCCGUUAUAACUCUAGAAUUUUUGUGACCACAAAAAUACAAAAAGAAAGAAAUAGUUACGAAUCAAAGGUAUCAAGGUAUCAAAAGGUAAUUCUAAUGAAAAACGACAUGACGCAUCUACAUACAAAAAUAAACCUCGUAGCACGUUUUAAAUAUAUAUAACUUAGUUAUAAUAACUGAUUUGAUUAGUUUUUCUGUUCGUCCUUGGAAUAUUUGCAUUUUUAAAAUUGCUACAUUAAUGUGUUCUUUUUACUAGCUCAGAAAAGCAACAUGUUUCCUGAAUAUAAUUCCAUAAAGUUACGUGACAUAGGCAAUGGCAAGGGACUAUACUUUUAUCAAUAUAUAUUACCAUAUAUACAUAUAUGCUUGUCACACUUAUUAUACCGCGGUAUGCAAAGCAGGCGGCCAAACGCCAAUAUCACCUCGUUUUUUUUUUCUUUCCUUGAUCCUUAAUUUAUUGUAGUGACAUGUUGAGUUUACUGAUACAACAUUAAAAUAAGGAAAAAAAUGUGUAAAUAUUAUAUAUAAAUACUGUUAAGACAUCUUGUAAGUUUGUUUUUGUAAAUAUAUAGGUAGAAUCGCACUGAUUGCGAGGUCAAAUAACAUGUAAAUGUAUUGUUUUUAUGUUGUUAAUUAAAGAGCAAUCUUGAAUUGAACAUUCAAGACAAAUAUUCGUUUGUUAUUGAAAGACCGCAAAGACGGACGUCAUCCCUGUAAUAAAGAGAAAAAUUGUUAGUAUGUGCUAUGUAUUAGAUACUUUUAAUCAAAUUGUUGUUUAGGUAUUUUGUGAUUUAUGAUAGAUGUUUAAAUUCAAUAAUGAUAUUUAUGAUAUGAAAUUCAAUAGACGCUAACGCCUGAAAAAUAACGUUUUAUAAGUAGAGUUACUUAACAGAUUUGAUCAAGACCGUGGUAAAAAAGGAAUGCCCGCAAUGAUUACUACUACUAACUUACUUUUUUUCUGUCACGAAUCAGCCCCAUGAGCUCCGAUUAUUUGUCCAAUGAAAGCGGCGAUGUUCCUAUUCCAGUAGUUAUUGGCUGCGGUAGCAUUAUAUAGGCUAAAAAUUCAUGUUUGUAUGAACUUUUGUUUUUAUUUAUUUAUUUAUUAUAUUUAUUUAUUUAUUAAUGUAAUAUACCUACUAAUGCAACCAGAUUAAGAGCUGUAAUUAUAUGAAACAAUAUUAUAGUAUAUAUCGUUGCUACUAGAAGUUGAUGAUGUAAAUUAUGAAAUA